CAUGGAUAUCGACGAGGAAGAGUUUGAGGCACCAACAUCCAGCAGCAGCCGAGGUGAGCGGAAGCGUUUCGAGGUCAAAAAGUGGAAUGCGGUAGCCUUGUGGGCUUGGGACAUUGUUGUGGACAAUUGUGCGAUCUGCCGAAAUCACAUUAUGGAUCUUUGCAUCGAGUGCCAGGCGAAUCAGGCAUCGGCCACCAGUGAAGAAUGUACGGUGGCUUGGGGUGUCUGUAAUCAUGCGUUCCAUUUCCACUGUAUCUCCCGGUGGCUGAAGACCCGGCAGGUGUGCCCGCUCGAUAACAGAGAGUGGGAGUUUCAGAAGUACGGCCAUUAAGGUGAUAUUGAC